AUGAGCUCGCCACAUGUUAGCAACAAAGAGGAGCCUCCGAUCAAUUCACCGUUUGGAGAGUUUUCAUCAACACCCCAAAGAAUGAACUGCAUUGUCGAGGAAGAUCACACCAAGGAAGAACCGCGAGGGUCUGAUUCACAGUCUGAGACAGAAUGUCGCACACCGCAAAGGCCUCUAUCCUUUUAUUCAGUGGCCGAGGGGAACAAUUCUAGUAACAGUCUGAUCGCUAACCCAGCCUUCAGUUUUGGUGGAAACAACGUAUCCCAAGAGAGCAGAAGACACUCGCUUAAGUAUGUUCCAGGACCCAAACUCCCGCCGUUGUCCUCGCGCUCCAAAUCGCCCCCAAGACUGAACCGAUCGCCCUCUCCUGAGCGCACCAAGAGACGGCCCUCGCUGGUUCUCGACAAACCCUUCAAUUUCUCGUCUUCUACAUUGCAACCUCCAAACUCUGGCGGCUCUGCAUCAAGAACCUCAUUCCGGAAAGGUCAUCGAUAUAAGCAUUCUUCCGUGUCGAUGAAUUUUUUUCAAGAACCAGAAGUCAAAAUUCCCCUAAACAUCGCCAAGUCGCUUCCUAUUCCGGAUUUCGCGGAUCUUAGGACUAACAUUCCAUGGCCAAAUGGCUAUGUACAACUCACCUUAGUUGGUUUACAAGCUCUAACCUGCAUAAUUACAUUUCGUUUGGGCCAUUCUAAGUCCUGGAACAACUUCAUUACACUUUCGCAUUUCAUCCUUUAUGAUAUCAUAGGGUCCCUCGCCAUCAUUGUGGUCGAAAAUUUAUCACAAUUCCAAGUCUGGAACACAGGUACAAUAACUUUCCCAUUUGGUCUUAAUCGGAUGGAUUUGCUUCUUAGCUUUGCGCUGGCCAUAUCACUUUGCUUCAUGGGCCUAGAUCUAUUUUUCCACAUCCUUGAAGAAACUAUAGUACUGUUUGUAGAGACGGCUAACCAUGAACAGCACGAUGAGAUUGCACCCAAGAUACCCCAUUCUCAUCAUUCCUCUCCAUUUCUUCACACCGCGGCAGACUCUCAACUAUGGUACGGAAUUUUAUUACCAAACUUUGCAUUGUCUUUGCUUACACUCUUCAAGACAUUUCAUUCCAGUCCGCACACUAAGUUCAAAACCAAGAAUCCAAUCAUUACUUGCAGUUAUAUUGCCUACCUCGCACUGUAUCCGUGGAUUUCCCAGAUUACAAGCUCAUCUGAUUACUUUGCAACCGGGUUGUUGUCGAUCUUUAUUAUAACGUACGGCUGGAAAAUCGCAAAAUGGACUUCAACUGUGUUACUUAUGGGGUUUUCUACGGAAUCUCUGAAUGGGCUCAUGCUCAACACGGUUGCGCAAAGCAGUAACGACAAACCUCCUAGAAAUGCCCUCUUGAGAUCAAAGAGUACUUUACCAAUAGCAGUGGUGAAUGAUGACAGCCAAAUGGAGACAUCGGAAAACAAAAAAUGUGAUCCCAGUUAUGUCAAGACCAGGAUUAAGGAGUCCAUUGAAGAACUUGUUCUGUUUCGCGCUAACUGUCAACUCUCUUAUGAAGAUUUGACGAUCAUCAAAGUAAACUUUGAGCAAUAUGUUGUGCUUAUGAGAAUUCGCAUUUCUGGCGGCUCCAACGAUGACGAAUUGAAUCUGCGAACUAUAGUAGAUAAAUGCGUUCGAAAGACCCUCAAAAAAGUAGAGACCACUAUUGACAUAGAUAGACUAUAA